AUGGUGGCUGCUGCGAGUUCAGAAAAUCAAAUGCCCCGGAUGGCAAAUAACCUUCAAGCCGAGGUCACUAACUGCUCCAAUAAUGCUUUGGCGCCAACUCCAAACCGUGAGUCAACGUCACCGCACACACAUAACCAAUCAGAAGAGAGGUCUUACUUGGAAAUCACAUGUGAUGUGAUCUACACUCUUAUUGGCCUGUUGUAUUUGUUGCUAGAGGCAACGAUGAAAUGUCUCAUCCCAGCCAAAUAUCAGACCAAAGAGGUUAAGGGUUACGUUGUUUUAGUGACAGGGGCUGGCAGUGGUAUAGGCCGGCGUUUGGCCAUCAAAUUUGCUGAACUAGGUUGCAAGAUGGUUUUAUGGGAUAUCAACAGUGAACUCAAUGAAGAGACAGCCGCCAUCAUACGUCAGAAGGGAGGCAUUGUUCACACCCUCCCCUGCUAUCCUCUUCCGCCUCACUUGAUAUCCUUUUCCGCCUCCCCUGCUAUCCUCUUCUUCCUCACUUGCUAUCCUCUUCCGCCUCAUCUACUAUCCUCUUCCGCCUCACCUGCUAUCUUCUGUCGCCUCCCCUUGCUAUACUCUUCUGCCUCACUUUCUAUCUUCUUCCCUCUCACUUGCUAUCCUCUUCUGCCUCACUUGCUAUCCUCUACCGCUUCACCUAGUAUCCUCUUCCGCCUCACCGGCUAUCCUCUUCCGCCUCACCUGCUAUCCUCUUCCGACAUGAUCUAUCUAUCUAUCUAUCUAUCUAUCUAUCUAUCUAUCUAUCUAUCUAUCUAUCUAUCCCCGACUGUUCAUAUUUAUAUAUCUAUUUCUCACUCUAUCUAUCUAUCUAUCUAUCUAUCUAUCUAUCUAAAGAUGAGCUUACCCAUAAUCCACUAA